AUGGCCCCUCAAUCUCUAUGGAUAGAUAGGUGUUUUUGUUGCUGGCUUCCCAACGCUUGGAUCAUGGAGGAUACCAUUGUGAAGACAGUUCUCAAGAGCGAGGUUCUUCAAAAGUAUAUCUUAGAUACCACUGCAUAUCCAAGAGAGCAUGAGCAACUCAAAGAGCUAAGGGAGGCUUCAUUCAACAAAUAUGGCCCUAGAGCUCGAUUGAAUGUGCCGCCUGACGAAGGAUUGUUGCUGUCUUUGCUUUUGAAAAUAAUGAAUGCCAAGAAGACAUUGGAGAUUGGUGUUUUCACUGGAUACUCUCUACUUACCACUGCCCUUGCAUUGCCUGAUGAUGGCCAGGUGUUUAUUUAA